CUCCGCUCCCCACCGCUUGCCAUCCAUUCGAGGGCGCCCCAGCACCAGCAGCCAUAUAGCAAAGCUCUCGCAACCAAAGGCCCAAAGCCUUCAUCUCCCGAUCAUCCCAAGCGCAAAUCCACAAGAAGAAGCAUCAACCAUGUGCGGCGGCGCGAUCAUCUCCGAGUUCAUCCCGCAACGCGAGGCCCGUGGCAAGCGGGCCCUCCGCGCCGACGACUUGUGGCCGCACCCGACCGCCGGCUUCGACGACGUCGCUGCCGCAGACGGCUACGAGUUCACCAGCGCCGCCUCAUUCCCGCACGACCAAGAGGCGCCGGCGAGGAAGCGGGAGCGCAAGACCAUGUACCGCGGCAUCCGGCGGCGGCCGUGGGGCAAGUGGGCGGCGGAGAUCCGCGACCCGGCCAAGGGCGCGCGCGUCUGGCUCGGCACCUUCGCCACCGCCGAGGCCGCCGCGCGGGCCUACGACCGCGCCGCGCGCCGCAUCAGGGGCUCCAAGGCCAAGGUCAACUUCCCCAACGAGGACCCGCCGCCCGACGACGACCUGACCCUGGGGACCAUGCCGCACCUGCCCGUCUCCCUCGUCGCCGACUACGACGUCGUCGGCUUCUUCCACGGCCAUGGCCAGCACCACCAGUACGUGCCAGACGCCGUGCCGGUCAUGGCGGCGCCGCCAGAGGACGCGGUGGCGGCCUACGUGCACCACCACCAGCCUCUGCCGCAGCAGGACGCCGCCGGGAUGGAGAUGUGGACGUUCGACGCCAUCAACACGGCCGUGCCACUGUGACUACUGUGAAAACAAACGAGUCGCGAUUCAUGCAUCCUGCUGCUAGCUUGUUUCAUUUCCAAUACGUACGCCGUUUCCCAAUACAGUAGUAGUAGUAUUUUGCUAGGGGUUUUAUACUUUACUAUUAUCUAUACUGUAGGAGAGAUUUGUCUUAUCCGCCAAUGCAACUCUAUAGCUAGCUAGCUAGGCCGGGGUGGUCGGCUGGAACACUCUGGACGGACUCUGCCACUCCGUGGCCAUCUCCCUCUAGCAGCAGAACAGCACCGAGCUAGUAGCUCUUUGUGUAAAGAUGAAUUCUCCACGAAUAAUAAAUUGCCAUGGAUUUCAUUA